UAUCUAUAAAAUCAUCAGAAAAAGCAGAGGCUUAGUAAUCUGUCAUUGAAUCAACAGUUUGGGAUGAAAAAACUUCACAAAAUAUCUUACUUUUUGUUAGGAUUACGAUUACACUUCAUGCAAAACUUGAGAACAAUCUAAAAAUAUUGACAACCAACUGGGAAAACUUAUAUAUGCAAAUAUUAUAUAUGUAGAUUAGAUUGAUUACACGAAAAUGACACUUUGUACAUUCUUAUUUAAACAAAGUUGUCAUAACUAUGAUCUAAUUUAUGUAUAAAUGAAAGUGAAACCGCGACAAUGACAAUGACUUAACGCCCUGCUGACCAUCUCAUUAAUUUAAUUACCUAACAUCACAUGGGUGGCAGUGAUAACCAAGUUUUUUUUCAACGAGGAGGAACUCAUUACAGUUCAGUAGCAUUCAUUCACCUCCCUCUCACACUCUUCAAACUACUGUCACGAUGCAGCAGAAUUCGUUAGUUUACUGUUUCUUAAUUGUGCUAACUUUGCUGCCGGAGCAGGGCGUAAAGUUUGUCUGGAGUGCGGGCGUUGAUACAACUGCAGACGUUAUUGAAAUUGAAGGGGCUGAAUCAGGAGUGAUUCACGGGAAAGGAUAUGGAUACGGAUAUGGAAGAAAACGCUACGCUCACCCAAAAUUUCAUUACAAUUACGGAGUGAACAAUAAGUUAACGGGAGAUUUUAAGACAGCGUAUGAAGAGAGAGACGGUCCCAUCACGAAGGGUUCGUAUUCAGUUUUACAGUCCGAUGGAGUUCUCCGAACUGUGAAUUAUAUCGUCGAUCCAGUUGGAGGUUUCCAGGCGAAGGUGAUUAACAAAGGGUUAUCUGCACAUCACGGUGGAGUGGCGUAUGUGAAUAAUCCUGGUGGGGUUGGAGUUGGUUAUCUUGUUCCGGGUUACCAUGGUUACGGCAAAGGGGAAGGUUUACAUGGUGGUGUUGGAUAUCAUAAUCAUCUUUAUGGUUAAGAACGCAAUAUUUGCAAUUGUUGCAUAAAAGGACGAAUUCUACUUACGUUGAAUUUGGUGGCCAUAUGAGAGUUUCAAGAACAAGCUUAUAAAUAUUACGACUUAAAUAACAAAUGAUAAUUAACAUAUACAUAAGUAUCCAUACAAUACAUAUAUAUGAUAUAUAUGCAUGUGCCUUUUCUCUUUAAAGUGUACACACUUACACAUAAUAAUUUUCAGAUAGAAGGCUAACUGUUUGUACGUCAAUCCUGAUUGAAAGUUGGUUGUUAUUUUUGUAAAUCCUAAUUGGAAAUUAUAAGCUACAUAAAUACCUAUCGAGAGACUUGUUACAUGAAAUGAGUAUACAAAAUUUUAACCUAAACCAAGUUGUAAAAAUCGCAAAUUUGUUAAAUUUUGUAAAUAUAUAUUUUUUUUUACUUA